AUGAUACCGAGAGAUAUACGAUGGAGAGGAAUCUUAUACCCCAGGCUUUCAGUCCUUCUACAUAGAGGCUAUGCCUCAGCACGACUCACGAGACAGGAGAAGAUCGAUGGUCUGAAUCACUUGUCUCGGAGUAAGCUACAUCAACUAGAUACAAAGUUCAACUUGUUUAAUGAGAAUGUGACGAAAAUGGUGGACUUGGGAUACUCUCCGGGCAAUUGGCUUAUAUAUGCUCGAGAGGCACUUCUGAGGAUUCAUGAAAUCGAGCCUGAGAAGAUAUACCAGAAGUGUACCCUAGUUGGGCUUGAUAUCAUCAUAGGGAAUCACCCUGCGGGAACUUUCACAACACAGGGAAAUAUCCUAUCAAAGCUAGCGCAUAGAAACGUCAUAAGUCUACUUAAAGAGCAUGCUUACAAAAGACUAGUUGUGCAGAAUGGUUUGCUAGACGACCUCUUGCCAGAACAGGAUGCUAAAGAUCCAACUUUUGAAUCUGAAAUGGCAAGAAUAUCAGAUAUCUUCGAUGAUCUUUCUUUGAAGGACAAAACACUAGAAUCAAUUCUAAGUCUUCAGGAUUAUCAAGCUGACCUAAUAACCUCAGACUUGUCAUCGGCAUUCUUACAAGACAAGGGUUUCUUUAAUAAUACUACCACAAGGCCUUUCAUACGUUCCAGCACAAAUAGUGAGCUAAGAAGGAACGUCACGGAUCCGUUGAAAGCAUCAAUAGAUACAGCCGAAGCCGCAUUACUACUAUGUUGCGAGGCAUUAGCAAAGGGUGGGAAUUUCGUCAUUCGCUUGGCUCGAAUUGAUCUAGCGGAUCCAGAAAUAGAUCUUCUUGAAGAAAGGCUCAAGAGGGUAUUCAAGCAUGUACAGAGAUGGAAGCCAGAGGGAUCUACCAAAUCAAAUUUCCUGGUCAUCCUGGAGCUCUAUUUUGUUUGCAAAGAUAAGCAGGAUCAUUUAGCUGAUAAGUACAAUGUCUUUGAUGUGAAGCGUUAA